UGUUUAUCUUUUUGUAAGUCAAAUUCAAUCAUCUUCUCAUCAAUCUCUUCAUAUUUAGUAAAGAUAAUUAAGUUAAAUAAUUAGCAAUUGUAAUGGUUGCUUCUGAUUCCAUAAGAGAUGACCAUCUAGACGAGUUACCUGAUAAACAUGUCGCCAGAGAUUUUUACGCAAAAUAUGAGCCCAAAGAGGUUCUGGGAAGAGGAGUAAGUAGUACGGUAAGACGAUGUGUAGAAAAAGAAACCGGAAGGGAAUAUGCUGCCAAGAUUAUCGACGUUAGUGCAGACUUAGAAGAUCCCCAAGGAUUAACCCUUCGACAAGCUACUUUGAGAGAGAUAUCAAUCCUUAAAUUAGUUGCUGGUCAUCCAUUUAUAAUUGAGCUUCAUGAUGUCUUUGAAUCUUCAACUUACAUUUUCUUAGUUUUCGAAUUAUGCAAAAAUGGAGAACUAUUUGAUUACCUGACGAAUGUUGUAGCCUUAUCAGAGAAAAAAACCAAAGCCAUAAUGAGGCAGCUUUUGGAAGCUGUUGAACAUAUACAUAACAAGAACGUUGUUCAUCGUGAUUUGAAGCCUGAAAAUAUCCUCCUUGAUGAUAGUUUGAACAUUAAAAUAACAGAUUUUGGAUUCGCUAAAGUGGUUGCUCCACAUGAAAAACUUUAUGAUCUCUGUGGAACCCCUGGUUACCUUGCACCAGAGCUUUUACGUGCUUCCAUGUAUGAAAAUACUGAAGGUUAUGGUAAAGAAGUCGAUCUAUGGGCUUGUGGAGUCAUCAUGUAUACUCUUCUUGUCGGGUUUCCACCUUUUUGGCACCGAAAACAAAUGAUUAUGCUUCGUAACAUCAUGGAAGGUCGAUAUGAAUUCUGUAGUCCAGAAUGGGACGAUAUCACUGAUUUACCUAAACACCUUAUCAGAAAUCUUCUACAAAUCAAUCCUCGAUUAAGACUGACCGCAUCUCAAGCACUGAAACACGAUUUCUUCCAAAACAUGCAAUUGAGAGUUGGACCUUUCGAUGCCCGGAAAACCUUCCAAUUAGUGAUGUUGGUUGUUCGAGCCAUGAUAAGAAUCAAACGAUUAAAAUACACUCCCGAACCUAUGAGCAUAGAGGUUGCUCGAUAUGACCCUUACAGAAUCAAAACACUUCGAAAAGCUAUUGAUGGAUGUGCCUUCCGUGUCUACAAUCAUUGGGUUAAACGAGGCGAAGUUCAAAAUCGAGCAGCACUUUUCGAAAAUAGGCCUAAACAAGAUUUGAAAGCUUCUUACCAACAACCUUUUCAGGCCAAAGCCUAGUCUCUUUGCCCGAAAAGUUUUUCUCAUCUUUCUCUCUCUCUUUUCCCCAUAGUUUUCUCUUCAUAUUUCUCUUGCUCUUAUCUUAACUCUGUAAAUAUCGAUAUUUCAAAAUACAGGAAGUAAGAGAAAGAAAAGGAAACAAUUGCAAUUAAUUUAUCGGUUCUCCUUUUCUCAAUCUCUUGGUCUUUUCAUAUACUCGUUAAAUAGUAUACACAUGAUGUGUCCUCUUCUUUGAUGUAUCAUCACAUAAUUAAAACAUCAUUCUCAUUGUGCAAUCAUUAAA